CUGAUCUCUUCCCCUCUCCCUCCUGACUGUCAGCGCGUCAUCUCCUCCCGUUAUCCCGCAGCCAGCCUGGGAGUGACGUCACCCCUCCUCUCUCCCCCUCCCUCUUUCUCUCUCUCCCGAGUCCUCCAUCAGAGAGGCUUCUCUCUGCUCCAGUUCUGCCAGGGGAAUCCGGAGCCAUCCGCAACCAUGGUGAGUUCUGGACACCCACUGAACCCUCACUGAAAGGCUGGGGACUCUCAGCCACCAGGGCAGCGCCCUCUUUAUUGUUUGGGAAGCCCGGAUAGAUAAGGAGAUGGGAGAGAAGGGACCUACCCCCAUCCUGUUCCUUGACUGUGGGAUACGGCCAUUUUAUACAGGGCUGGCCCUCCUGGCUGCUGAAGUUGGGGGUCAUAGGAUAAUGGGGGUGUUAGGGGCAGAGGUCACACACACCACCAAAUUGCGUCAUUAUUUUACAGGUUGGGUCAUUAAUUUUCCUGUUUGUGUCACUAGCAGGGGUAAUAAAAAUCACAUCCUUGUGUCUGGCUAGGGCAAAGGGCACUGUGACUACUGGGUAUCCCCCUUUCCCAGGGACCAUGGCCCCCAAUUCUAAAACUGUGUCUUUACAAGGGUUAAACAAAAUAGCUACUUUAUAUAAUGGAUUCUGUCACUAGAACAGUUAAAUGGAAUAUCCCCUUAAAUAAUGGAUAGCUGCCACUAGAAGGGUUACAAUGAAAAUCCCCUUAAAUAAUAAAUAGCUGCCUUCUGCCAUUAGAAGGAUAACAUUGAAAAUCCAAUUAAAUAAUAGAUCGCUGCCUCCUGCCUUUAGAAGGGUUAACCAUACAUUCCUGUAUACAAAUAGAUGAUCACUGUGUUAUUGGAAGGGUAAAUAUAUUGUACUGCGCUACGGAAUUUGUCGCUAUAUAAAUAAUAAAAUAAUAAUAUAUCCUCCUAUGUAAUGUAUAGGUACCUAAGACAUCAGAAGGGUUGAAGAACAUCCCUCUAUAGUUAACAAUAUUUGAUAUUGAGGGAUUAACCCGAUUUCUCUUUGUUUUUGAGACACUUAAAGAAUUUUGUGUAGUCAUUGGUGCCCUGAAAAAUGAAUCUUCUAUAAGCAAGCCUGAUUAAAGGGCCAGAUAUUUGGCUUGGGUGUGUUUCUUAAUGUCAUAGAACAUUGAAUCCUUUCUGCAUGGCGUCCCUGUCACCAGACAUAUUGCUGUCCACUUGCUGGAAAUGUGUCCACCUGUCAUGUAUCGGGUUUCAUAUCUAGUGGAAAGUAAAAACCCUUUAAGGGCCAGCGAGACAGAUAGGGUUACAGUUGAUGGCGAGCUCGGCAAUGCUAUUAAUAAAUAUCUACUAUUACGCCAAACAAUGCUGUUUGUGUUAAGGCAGAAACAGGAAAUUUUUGUUAUCUUGGCAGAUGUAAGGUAUAGAUUAUUCUAGGCGAGUGCACUAGACAGCUUUAAAAUCUGGGAUGUUCUUUAGAGCUCAAAUACUCUCUCCUGGGCCAAACAGAAUCCAUUCAGCUUGCGUAACACAGGCUGUAGAAUUAACCCACUGAUGACAGUAUUAUUAUUAAUUACAACUAUCUGGGAUAUUCUCUAAAGUGUUAAUUAGUGUGAGUAGUAGACCAGAGUAGCCUACCUGAAGAUAUAACUGAUUUGGAGAAUUUUAUAGUUCAGUUACUUUGGCCUAAAAUUCUGGAGUUAGAGCUCCACAAUUCCCCUUUAUGGAAAUAUUAAGAUAUUAUUUCCUUUCUAGGUUUGGCUUCUGUUUGUUUAUUUUGUCUCUUGAACCUGAUAUGUAACAUAUAUUGCAAAUUGCCUCUGAGAUUAAUAUGAAAUUGUGUUCUGUUAAUUUACUGUCAACCUCGAUGAUUUAAAUGGUGACUCCAGCAUACAUCUUAAACAUACCCAUCAAACACAGUCUAUAAUUGGUAUAUGUACUUGCAGAGAUGUGUAUGUAUGUUUUGGAACACGCAGCGUGAUGAUUCCAAGCACCGCUACUAGAGAAUCAUUUGAUUGGCAGACUGCAGUGAUUGCCACGCAGGCAAUCCACAAUUCUUCUCUAUGUGAAUUGGUCCAGAGCUCAUCAUCCCUGAUGAUCUCACAGUGGGAGGAGUAGCUGCAGUGAGAACAAAUGUCUCAUAGCCGGAUUAUGGGUUAAAGGACCACUAUAGGCACCCAGUCAACUUCAGCUUAAUGAAGUGGUCUGGGUGCCAGGUCCAUCUAGGUUUAACCCUUUUUGCAGUAAACAUAGCAGUUUCAGAGAAACUGCAAUGUUUACCUAUGGGUUAAUCCAGCCUCUAGUGGCUGUCUCAUUGACAGCCGCUAGAGGUGCUUCCGUGCUGAUUUUCACAGUGAGAAGACGCCAGCGUCCAUAGGAAAGCAUUAAUAAUGCUUUCCUAUGGACUGGCUGAAUGCGCGCGCAGCUCUUGCCGCGCAUGCGCAUUCUGCCAGGGACUUCAGAAGAGGGAGGAGUGUCCCAGUGCCGAGGGAAACCGGCGCUGGAAAAGAGGUAAGCGAUUAACCCCUUCCUCCCCCCCAGCGCGACGGGAGUGGGACCCUGAGGGCGGGGGCUCCCUCAGUGCACUAUAGUGCCAGGAAAACAAGUAUGUUUUCCUGGCACUAUAGUGGUCCUUUAAUUUAUUUUUAUUAUUUAUUUAAACAAUGGGGGGUUGGCUAAAUCUAAAGUACAAAGAUCAUUUUUAAAAUAUAUAUAUAUAUUUACUUUGAAUGUUAAUUUUUCUUCAUGCUUCAGUCACCUCUGCAUUAGACUGCAGAAAAUGUCUACCUAGCGUGAUCGCCUCUUCAUGAUAUGUUGCUCUUUUAGUAAACUUUUUAAUGUUUCAUUUGUUUUAGAAAAAAGUUAGUAUUUAUGGGUCAACCUGUCAUGGCACGUGUUUUACAGCUACAUAAAUCUGUAUAUUUUAAGAAACAUGUACAGGCAUACCCCGCUUUACAUACACUCACUUUACGUACACUCGCGAGUACAGACAUACCCGCGAGUGUACGUAAAGGUGCCUCGCGAGUACAAACAUACCUGCGCCUCUUCUGUCUGCGAGUGAACCGGAAAUGGAAGGUUCUAUUCUCGCCCAGAGCAGCUCAAUUCAGUGUCUUUGGGGCUAGAAAUGUUCACACCUUCUGACAUGGCACAGGUUAAUCAUCUCAAAUUUAUAAUGUCUACUCAUAACUGAACAUAUAUAUAUAUAUAUAUAUAUAUUCUGCCCCUACAUUGUCCAUAUUCUGCAAUCCAGUGAAAGGGUUUAGCCAUUUUCUAUAACUUUGACUUAGUAGCUUAGCUGCAUUAGCCACAAUUCUGAGGAUUUAAAGUUAAACCAUAAAUGCUUAAAGUGAUGAAGAGGUGUUUCUCAAUAAAGUGUGCGAAUAAGCUGCUAACAAAUCCAAAUUGGCAGUGUAUUGACAGAAAAUGGCCCAGUGGGCAGGUUUAUUUUACUUUUCUUCCCAGUUUAAGGUUGUCAGAUGGGUAAAACAUUAAAGAUAAAUGGUACAAUCUGGAAUGAGAUUUUUCUUUUUACUGGAAAUAAAAUCACUGGAAAUCUGCAGUUGCAGUAUCAGUUAUGCCUGUAAAUUACUAUUGCAAUGCAGUACAUGCAUUGGGAAGUGAAAAAAGGUAUUGCUUCACUUUAAGUACAUUUUCGUUUUAAAUACAUGCUCUGGUCCCAUUGUGUACUUAAAAGUGGGGUAUGCCUCUAUUUGAGAAAUACAGUCCUGUCAAUCAGCUGCAUGUGUGCCAACAGUUGAUGGACAGGCUAGAGCAGGAGAACCCUUAAACAGGUUGUUCUCCUUCUAGCUAUCAUGGCAACUACAGCACAUGUUGUGAUUAUUGCUCUGGUAAGAGCUUUUUGCUUAACCUGAGGAAUCUAGGAAUGGAACCAUCUAAUUCUAAUUGCAAUGGGCUGGUAAGUAAUGAAGGGUGAAGGCUGGCACCCUACUUGAGGAGGCAAGGAAUUUGUCAGGUCUUGAACGUACAGGUUCAAAAUAAUUAAGAUGGAAAACAUUCAUAAACUGCCUCCAGUUAAUUAAUAUUUAUUAACCUUUCUGCGGCCAGUUCUGUCACAUAGCACAGGGGUAGGCAACCAGAUGUUGAGGACUACUUAUCCCACGAUGCCUUUUAAGCGUCAUAGCUGUAAGAGUAUCAUGGGACAUGUAGUCCGCAGCAUCUAUUCUAGAGCAUUGGAACGGACAACUGUGAAUCUGCCCCUGUGUUAGGUAAGUUCUCCAACUCUACUCUGGUUAUAGCUUGGGUAUUUUAGCCUAAAUUUUGUCACCCAGGUUUUUAUUCAAUACCAUUCAGUGUUUAGUGAACUCUUUGUAUGGAAUUUGGACAUGUGCCUUGUAUCUUUCAUUAGCAACAAAUGAAAGGCUCAAAUUAAUUUUAAAAAUAAAUAAAUAAAAAUCAACAAUGUGCAAUGGAUGCUCUGAUUUGAUGGUGGUCAGUAAGGUAUUGAGGAAUGAUUUAACCAGACCCUGCUGCACUGCAGUGUGUUUGCAGGGUUUGUUAAACCCUAGGAAACAUGGACCCACUGCUUCAAAAAAGGUUACUGGUUGUUGAUUGACAUGUUCGUGAUCCUGCUUUUAUCAAUUAUUUAGAUAUGUUCCCAGUGGGAUCUCAGUAUUUCAUGAUUUGAAGAGUGUUUAGCGGCCUUGCUCUUAUAUAGGUUAGAUAUAAAGGUCACUUCCCAGAAUGUUAAAUAUUCUGUUUAUCAGCGCCCUGAUGUGUCUGAAAGAUAAAUGUUCAUUUAGAAAUCCACCAUCCUUUAUCCUGGAACUGGGCUCCUCCAUCUUGGCUCCCUGUCAAUCAAUGUUAUAAGUUCUGUUCUUUGCCACGGGCUGUCAGUGUAGGGAGAGGAGAAGAAAAAACCAAUAGGGCAGAUUUAUCAAAGUGUAACACCGUUUUGCACCCUUUAUUAAAUCUUCUUUUCCUGUCUGUCAUUUCGGAACGUAUAACAAUUUAUUCUGGGACACAGGGGAUUUUAUCACGUGUUCUGUUUCAUUUCUCUCUGAAUUUCAGUUUUUUUUUUUUUUUCUGAAAUUUAUAUCUCUUGUGAAAAGUGGCAGAAUUUAGGCAGAGAGAGGGUUUAUUCAUUAUUUUUAAACUUGAGAAGUCCUAAUGGGCAGAUGGCUGGGUUUUCUUGACUUGUACAUAAAUCUCAAAUGCCUGUUUAUUGCUGCAUUGAAUUCCCAUUCAUAAAACUGUCUUGAAAAAGGUACGUUUCUUUUCAAGCCAGUUUUAUGAAUGGGGGAUUCAAUGAUAUGUCAGCAUCAGCUGACCACUCUCACCAAUCAGCGGCGUUGCCUGAUUCUGCAAGAACCUGUCAGUUUAGAGAUCUUUAGUAAACAGAAGGGCUGGGAUAUUUGGCACUAGAACCAAGACUUUCAGGUUAAACAGUUUAAGAAUGGUUUACCCAUUAAGGUAGCCAGUGCAAGGAACAUCUUGGCACCAUAACUUCAUUAAUUAAGUUGUUAUGGUGCCUAAACUGUUCCUUUAACCCAUUUGCCAGGUAAGUGUAGAAAGAAUUCAUUAAACAAAGUUGUCCUAAAUUGGUCUUAUUUUUUAAAGAAAAGUAGAUCAGAAAUGAACAGGUUCUAGAAGAUGAAACGAUAGAAGCUAGGCAAGUUUGAGGUGACAGCCACUCUAAAUGUAUACUUUAUUUUUCUUCUUAUGUGAGAUACAUCCUUGCAGUGUACUCCAAUUUAUGACCCAAAUCUUCUAGCUGCCAUAUCCUUUAUGUGAUUCAAUCGUAAUCUGACAUUUCUUUCCAAUUUUCAUUGAGGCCAUUUUUGCCUUACCCCGCUUUUCACAUCUAGUCAUUUCUUUCAGUCUGCUUUGUAGAAUUUGUUCUUCUGAUGAAAUUCUUUUCAAUCUGAUGUUGUGGCCUUUGCAGUAAUGAUUCAUUUGUAUUUGGCGUAUGAGUACAAUUAUUGAUCAGCUUGUCAUUCAUAUCUGCAUGUCUCUCUGCAUCCUUAAUAAUUUCCUUGUCAAACGAAUUGGAGUUGGCUUUAAUAUUGGGGAGGGGAAGAUAAACUAUACCAAUAAUCUCAUGUAAUAAAUCUUGUGAUCACAGCUAUUCUGCUAACUUACCAUAGAUGUGCCAACAUAAUAUAACAUAAAUUAUUAUUCUGUCUGAUCGACAGCCAGACUUGAAUAACAAAAGGGUGUGUAUAAAAGUGGCAGUUUCUAUCAAAAUCUGCACUUUUUGUAAAAUGAAAAGAGAGGACAUGCACUUCACAUAUAAAUGGAGUGCCAAAGGUUGCCUACCCCUACUCUACUUUCCUGCUUCUGAGCUGGGAGUGAGGCAAGGAGGAUCUCACAGACUAAUUUCCAGUUUUCAAACACUGCCCAAAGCAAAGAUGCAUGUAUAUGGCUGAAGGAUCCUGUCAUCUACAGGUGAUCCUUACUUACUGACGUGUUCCGUUCUUACAACUCGGUCGUAAAAUGAAUUGGUCGGUAAGUGAGAAGGCGCUAGAGAGCAGCUCUAGAGCAGGGAAUCCCUUAAAUCUAUGUUUGGGGGAAAUUCCCCAAGCAAAGACCAGCUCUCUAACGCGUGGAAUCCCUGCGCUAGAGAGCUUGUCAUAAGUCCGAGCAGUCGUAAAGCAAGUAAGUCGCAAAGUAAGGACUAGCUGGACUAAAUUUAGGCAUGCACAAGAGUACAACAUUAACAACCAUGGAGAACUCUGCUGAUUCUCCAUAGACGGAACCUUUUUACCCUCAAGCAUCACUAGUGAUGGGUAAGGGUUUGCGAAAGCUUGACAGCAGUGGCUCUAGCUUUUGUCUGGCAUAGGAAAAAUACAUAAGGCAAAGUAGUCCUAACUUUUCUUAUGAUAUGUUUUGACUGGCUUGGAACUUUUGUGAAGUAUUUAUGAACAUAUUAUAAAGAUUUUAUCUUAAUGAAAUUGUUGUUUUUUUGGGGUGGGGUGGCGUGGUGACAAACAGGCUGCCUUAAAAGAAAAGGGCUCCUGGGAGAUUCAGCAACGCUACGGCAUUAUAAAUAAAUGUAGAGUGAUCCUUUAACAAAAUAUGUGCACUCUGUGUCCAUGUAUGUCUGUUUACUGUGUUGUUUGCUGCAGAAUUAGUUGUCUCCAAAAUCCUUGUAAAUAUUUUAAACCAAUUUGCUUCUUCUUCCAGGUGAACUUCACCAUAGACCAGAUCCGAGCGAUCAUGGACAAGAAGUCCAACAUUAGAAAUAUGUCUGUGAUUGCUCAUGUUGACCAUGGCAAGUCCACACUCACCGACUCUUUGGUGAGCAAAGCUGGUAUCAUUGCAUCUGCCAGAGCAGGGGAGACACGUUUUACGGACACACGCAAGGAUGAGCAGGAACGCUGCAUCACUAUUAAGUCCACGUAAGUACCAGCAAGUUAUUUGAACACAACGAAUAUAAUUUUCUGCUCUUAAGAAAACUUACUUGGAAAAUGAUUUACAAAUUCAAACUAAUCAUGUUUGCUGACAACAAUAGCUCAAUAUAUCAGUGAAUUAAAGAGAUUCGACUAUUUUAUUUUACAUUUUUUUGCUUCUGGAUAUGUUAUAUAUAUUCUUUUAAAUGCUAAAGAAAUGUAAUUUUAAAAUUAAUACAAGUAGGUUCAAUGACUUCCAUUUAAACAUUUGCACACUGAAAGAUUUGUUUUUAACAUGCAAUAGAUAAUUAAUUCUUAAAGCAAACCUGUCAUAUGACGUUUACCUUAAAGGACCACUAUAGGCACCCAGACCACUUCAGCUUAAUGAAGUGGUAUGGGUGCCAGGUUAAGCUAGGGUUAACCCUUUUUUUUUUUAUAAACAUAGCAGUUUCAGAGAAAAUGCUAUGUUUAUAAUAGGGUUAAUCCGGCCUCUAGUGGCUGUCUCUUGACAGCCGCUAGAGGCGCUUGCGUGCUUCUCACUGUGAAAAUCAUAGUGAGAAGACGCCAGCGUCCAUAGGAAAGCAUUGUAAAUGGACUGGCUGAAUGAGCCGCGCAUGCGCAUUCAGCCGAGGAGGAGGAGAGCUCCCUGCCCGGCGCUGGAGAAAGAGGUAAGUUUAACCCCUUCCUCUCCAUCCAGCCCGGCGGGAGGGGGACCCUGAGGGUGGGGGCACCCUCAGGGCACUAUAGUGCCAGGAAAACAAGUAUGUCCUUUAAUGUAUUCCUAAGACCGUAAACAUUUCUUUGUGAUAACUUCUAUAUUUUUUAUUUAUUUUUUGUUUUGUGUAUUCCCUAUGCUUGCCAGGGGAAUAGUUAUGUGAAGAGAGCAGGAGAACCCCCUGUAAUAGAAUUCUCCUGCUCUCAGUUAUAUAGACAUGUAUGCUGCCAGCAUAGAGGUCUAAUAACAAACAUUGAUUGACAAGUGGGUUAAGGGACAAAUAAUACAUUUUAUUUUUAAGUCUUUUUCUAGAUUUGUCGAGGUCUAUUUUUGUGUACUAGUGUGUACCAUGGCAGAUACAACUUUAUUAACACUCUUGAAUCCGUUAAUAAAAACACCAUCUUUGAAAUCACACACCAGAAGACCUUGUGUUGAUCUUCUCAGCUGGUGUGGUCAGUAGUGCUCCAUGUGAUCAGCUGUCAGUGGAAGUAGGUGAUAAACUGAAUUCCAUGUAAUGCAACUUCAGUUCGUUUUUUAAUUACCCUGAGGUUUAGUGAUUGUGCAAUUCUUUCUUGUCAAAUGAUGGUAAAAACUGCUCCCAACAUUGCCGUGGGUGGAUGCUGCUGUCUCUUGCUAUAUGUUGAUGGUAAGCAUUGCUGUGAAUGCUGCACUUGCUGGAAGCUGCUGUCUCUUGUAAUGUUGAUGGCAUACAUUGCUGUGGAUGCUGCUCUCUUGUUAUGUUGAUGGCACACAUUGCUGUGAAUGUUACAGUUGGUGGAUGCUCCUGUCUUUUGUUAUGUUGAUGGUAAACAUUGCUGUGAAUGCUGCAAUUGGUGGAUGCUGCUGUGUCCUGCUAUAUGUUGAUGGUGAACAUUGCUGUGGAUUUUGCUGUCUCUUGUUAUGUUGAUGGUGAACAUUGCUGUGGAUGCUGCUGUGUCCUGCUAUGUUGAUGGCUUUUGAGAACAAAUUAUGUAUUUUUCCUUUUUUGCAGUUAAAGUGUUUAACCUUAUCAGUGCAUUUCUAUAUUCUUUGCUCCCUUGCUCUGGAUAAGGCACACGUGCUGAAUCAGUGCCUGUACCCAAACCCGCACCCUCUGCAGUGUGAUUGAAUAUCCUAAUGUCUUCCUCAGCAGGAUCAGUUUCAAUCUCCAGCCCUGCGCUUGUGCUAUAUUUAGCUUAUGUUCUUUACUGAUGAUGAAUUGACUUGAGCUCUAGGUAUUCGGGAAACUUCACUAAAAGAAAACAAAGUAGAUUAACUUUUAUUUUUCUUCUGUAAUACUCUAUCUUUGUGUGUGUGUGUGUGUGUGUGUGUGUGUGUAUGCAUUUACCAAAAGCUGCCUUUGUGUUUAAUGUUGUUAUCUAAUGCACCUUUUUUCAGUUGCUGUGGUGUAAAAGGAAGUAAAACAUUACCUUCCUUUGGGUUUUAUUUUUCUCCUUUCUGGUGUGCACAUAAAGAGUGUUAUAAGUGUGUUUGUAAAUUAUAGGGACACUCCAGUGCCAGGAAAAUAAUCCUUUUUCCUGGCAUUGUAGGUUCCCUCUCCCUCCCCCCCCCCCCCCCAUCCCCGGUUGCUGAAGGGGUGAAAACCCUUUCAGUCACAUACCUGAGACCCCCGCCGAUGUCCCUCGGCGGUGGUUUCUGCUCGCCGCCGCUCCUCCUCCUCCUUACGUCAGUCGGUGGGCACUGGCUGAGGAGACCUAAUGCGCAUGCUUUUCAGUGCUUUCCUAUGGGGAAUUUAGCAAAGCUGGAGGUCCUCACACAGCGUUAGGACGUCCAGCGAUGCUCUAGCACAGAAAACCUGUGCUAUAAAGCAGGAAGUGUCCUCUAUUGGCUGUCUAGUAGACAGCCACUAGAUGUGGAGUUAACCCUGCAAGGUAAUUAUUGCAGUUUAUAAAAAAAACUGCAAUAAUUACACUUGCAGGGUUAAGGGUAGUGGGAGUUGGCACCCAGACCACUCCAAUGGACAGACGUGGUUUGGGUGCCUACAGUGUCCCUUUAAAAUAAAAUAGAGCCAUAUCAAUGCUUUUCCGCGGUGCUCUGCAUAUGAGCAGUAUUUGGUCGUCUGCCUUGCAGGAUGACACUCCCUUGUAUGGUCACAACAGUGCUGCCCUCUCCAAUGCUAGCAGGCAUGCCCUAGAAUGGGGAAAUCCUAGCGAAGUCGUGCAGUAAAAAGUUAGGGUGCGUGUGAUCAGAAGGCAGUUCUCCUCUUGUGAACUUUGUGAACUUGCUAUGUAUAGGAACUUCAUUCUGAAACGUGACUCCUCUUCACAUUACGUCUGCUUCCUCUCCUUGUCAGUUGGGAGCUGAAGGCACCAAAAAAAGACAUUGCACACAGUCCUAGCUGCCCCAUGUCAAAUGUCCCUUAUAUAUGACUAAUAUGUACAAUUACACAGUAGUUAUAUUAGACUGUUCACACAUUUCAAAUCCUAUUUGCCUCACUAUUUUCAGUUCUGAAUGUAGUUGAUUUCUUUCUGUAUAUAAUGACUUCUUAAUAGUUGCAGCCAUGCAUGGACAAAUCCCAGGGGCCACAUUGCCACGGAUCUUAAAAUAUUCCUGCUGGCACAUAACAUUUUCUGCUAUAGUAUUAUCAUCUCUAUGGAAACAUAUCUUACUCUAUUUUUAACAAAAAUUCAUUAAUUUAAGCUGGUUCCUAAAAUCUUAAUUGUGGCGGAAAGCGUAUUUAGUGCAACUGCGUUAUCUUAGCAAAGUUAAUAUAGUGUCUGGAGUCCCCUGGCGCUGUCCUUCCAUUCAGUGUUUUAACCAUUUUAAUAAAGUCCCCAGCAGCCCAUUCCCUUUGUGCUGCAUGGGAUAAUGAGUAGGCAUUAGUCUAAGCAUCAAUGGGUGGCUGUGAUUGGGUAAGAGUGUCAGUUGAGACUAUCAAAGCACCCAUUUGUGGUGUGAUUUGUUUUGACUAGAAGGAAGUGUGUAAUCUCUGCCUUGGUCCAACCAUCAGUGGAGGGCUGUGUUGUGGUUGAGCAGGGAUCCUUAUUAAUGCGUAACUGUUUGUUUAACACUGAAUGGAGUGAUAGUAACAAAUGACUCCAGGUGUUGUAAUUAAUUCAAUGAGAUGAAAUGGUUAUAAUGCUUACAGUGUCCCUUUAAACUCCAUACUAAAGGCUAGCAAAGCAUCAUGUGACUUGUAGUUCAAGAUCUGGUGAUCUACUGUCUCCCCACUCUAUCCAGUUUGAAGGUACACUCAAUCGUACUUGUCUUCUGUAAUUCGUUUGGUCAUUGUAUCAAGAUUGUCUCAAAUACAUUAGCAGAACUGAUCAGAGUGCAUUUACCAUGUAAAUAUGAACCCCAAAUCAUAAACUCCAAUUUACCAUAUCUUUAACUUCUCCAUUUUAAUUACUAGUAGUAGAUGUGUUGUGAAUAUCUAAAAAAAAAAGAUGAGUUUUUUUUUUUUUCUUCCAAAAAGUAAUAUGUUGAAAAUAUUUACUUAAAGCUAUCAUGAUGUUGUAAGUAUUGCUUUAUGGUUCAAAGUCAUGUUGUUUGUUCAUUUAUUACAAUUAUCUUUCUGUAGGGCUAUUUCCAUGUUCUAUGAACUCUCAGAAAAUGACUUGGCCUUUAUCAAGCAAUGUAAAGAUGGGUCUGGUUUCCUCAUUAACCUUAUAGACUCCCCAGGACAUGUGGACUUCUCCUCUGAAGUGACCGCUGCUCUCCGAGUCACAGAUGGUGCUCUUGUGGUGGUGGACUGUGUAUCCGGUGAGCAGACCUGUUGAAUGUAAAAUGGGUGUCAUCUAAAAUAUAUGGAGAUUUCAGGAAUUACUGGCAUUUAUUUUCCUGCAGAAUACAUGGAUAAAGGUGCCUUCCAAGAUGUCUGCAGAAAUUUAAAUGCCAUGGUGGUGUACACUUUUAUAGAUGUGAAACAGUUUUUAAUGUAUACAUACCCAGAAGUUGGUGAAUUGGUUGUCAAUAUUUGCAUCACUAUAUUUUUGGUCAUGCUGUUUAAGAACCAGGAUCUUUUGUGGAGUGUGCACCCAGAGUAUGUGCAUGCCAUGCACCCUGUUACUGACUUUCAUGGGCCGUUUAUUGUUCCAUUAGAGUCCAGAUGGGUUCUGCCAUUGCGUUUAUUUAAACAAAAAAGUUAGAUAACCUUGACAUCAUAUACAGAAACAGCAAGAACAUCAUAUCACUAGUGUUUGCCAGUUGUAGCAGAGCAGAUAAAUAAAUGGUAUUAUUAAAACACUACAGUUAGUAAUAAAUACAUUUAUUAAUAAUGCCCCCACCUCCCUUUCUAGUAAAAUACUCUGGAAAAUCCUUACUUUUGACAACUUCCUGGUCAAUCCAAUGCUUCUCAUCGGGAAACAUUGGGCAGUAGGGUGUACGUGCAACAAUUGCUGUGCUGACAAUGCUUCGCAUAGAGAUCUUUUGAAUCCAUUGCUUCUCAUACGGCACAAAGCAAUCCGGAAGAGCACUCGCUUGUCUCAUUGACAGCCAUGAGGGUGCACUUUAGGAACUUUAUAAAAGUGUUGAUUUCAAGGUAAGAAAGAGUAAGAAAGAUGGAACACUGUUGACCCUUAAAGCAGCUCUGCCACCAUUUAGGGACUUCAGAUUCGCAAAGUCUGCCGGCCGUGACAUCGCUGGUGGUCGAGGGGGUCUGCAAUUACUUACCAGAUCCUAUCCUACGUGGGUGCCGCCAUCUGGGUCCAGCAUGGUCCUUGUGGGUGCCAACAUCACUGAGCGAGAUGACCGCAUUAAGGUCAAUUGGGGAUCCCAUCUGGGUCAAGAAAAGUCAAGCAGAAGAAAAAUACAGAGACAAAGUCGUCCCUAUUUUGUCUCUGUAUAUCUCUUGACUGUGUUGGAAUUUCAGUGAAAUUCCAACACAAUCAUAAUAAGUAUUUCAUAAAGAUAUAAUCAGUAUUUUACUAAAGAUAUAACUCGAUUUUUAGGAGGGUGUACAGUGCUGCUUUAAGGCAGAUCAGCGCUACGGUUAUUUAGGGGUUUAGAGUAUUCCUUUUAAUAUUCUGAUGUUAUUAAACGUAUGGUUUAAAUCCUUACUGAUUUAUUUAUUUUUUUCCAUUAAAGGACCACUCUAGGCACCCAGACCACUUCAGCUUAAUGAAGUGGUCUGGGUGCCAGGUCCUUCUAGGGUUAACCCAUUUUUUUAUAAACAUAGCAGUUUCAGAGAAACUGCUAUGUUUAUGAAUGGGUUAAGCCUUCCCCCUAAUCCUCUAGUGGCUGUCUCAUUGACAGCCACUAGAGGCGCUUGCGUGCUUCUCACUGUGAUUUUCACAGUGAGAGCACGCCAGCGUCCAUAGGAAAGCAUUGUAAAAGCUUUCCUAUGAGACCGGCUGAAUGCGCGCGCAGCUCUUGCCGCGCGUGCGCAUUCAGCCGGCGGGGCGUAAUGGAGGCGGAGAGGAAGAGGAGAGCUCUCCGCCCAGCGCUGGAAAAAGGUAAGUUUAAACACCUUUCCCCCUUCCAGAGCCGGGCGGGAGGGGGUCCCUGAGGGUGGGGGCACCCUCAGGGCACUAUAGUGCCAGGAAAACGAGUAUGUUUUCCUGGCACUAUAGUGGUCCUUUAAUUGAUUGUUCUUCCAACAUAAUACACAUUGAGACCUUUGUCUUUUUCACUGUUCUAGGUGUUUGUGUUCAGACAGAGACCGUUUUACGGCAGGCAAUUGCCGAGAGGAUCAAACCCGUGCUCAUGAUGAACAAGAUGGACCGAGCUCUGCUCGAGUUGCAACUGGAACCUGAGGAGCUGUAUCUGACCUUCCAGCGCAUCGUGGAGAAUGUCAAUGUGAUCAUCUCUACGUAUGGAGAGGGAGAGACUGGCCCUAUGGGGAAUAUUAUGGUGAGCGCCACGUAUCUUUUAACUUUCUUCUAGCUUCCUGGUCCUGAAGAUUAAUGGUGUUUAAAAAUGGGAACAGUAAGGACAUCUUAUCUUAUCUAUAUUUAAAGAGGCAUUGUAGUCACUGUAAGAAUAUAGUGAAUUGGCUAUAGUGCCUGUUGUUCCCAUUCGUUAUCCCUCUAGUCAAUUUUAAACCAUUUAGAAAAAUGUAACGUUAAAUAAGGAUUCCUGGCCACCCACAGUCCAGCCCCUAAUGUAGGUGCGGUUAAGGCAGAGAUUACAGACUUCCUCGUUGUCUUACCCUUCAUAUCAGUUCUGAUAGGCUAACGGGUGUCAGCUGACACUCUCAAUCAAUCACAGCUGCCCAAUGCUGCUCAGGCUAAUACUUCCUCGUUACCAAAUCAGCACUGACAGGAUGAGCUGCUGGGAACUCUCAUUUAACAAAAUAUAAAAACAUUGAAAACUUUUUAAUGCUGAAUGAAAACAAUGGCACCAGGGAUCUCCUGAUACUCUAACCAGUUCAAUGAGAUGAAAUAGACACAGUGCCUACAAUCCUUCUAUUUGUGUUUUAAGUUGGUUAGAAACAGAACUUUUCCUUGAAGGUCAGAUCAAUGUCAUCCACUUGUUUUCGAAGUGGUGGCUAAAUUCAUAGCCUAAAUUUCUACCCAACCAGGCAAAUACCUCCAAAUGAUCCUAGAUUCAUCAGGAAAGUUCCAGUUUGGCAAUUACUUCUAUUUUCUCGCUGUCUUAAGAAAAUUGCUGAUUUAUUUCGAUUUGUUGGCUUUGUUUUUUGUUUUUGUUUCAUUUUUUUUCCCCCUGUGAUACAAACAAGACUUCAUUAUGACAUUGUUACUUGUAGAUAGACCCUGUUAUUGGUACUGUGGGUUUUGGAUCUGGUCUGCAUGGUUGGGCUUUUACCCUGAAGCAGUUUGCAGAAAUGUACGUUGCCAAAUUUGCUGCCAAAGGUGAAAAGGCACAGCUCAGUCCACUUGAACGUGCAAAGAAAGUCGAGGAUAUGAUGAAGAAACUUUGGGGAGACAAGUGAGUAAAACUUACCAAGCUGUGUCACUGACAGAACUCAAACACACUGGUUGGUCACUGGCAGAAUGUUAAAUAGUAAGCCCCUCCAAACAAACAUUAUUCUCUAGCAUAAAAAUAUUAACCAGGUUUCUAGGACAUAGAAACAUAGAAUGUGACGGCAGAUAAGAACCAUUCGGCCCAUCUAGUCUGCCCAAUUUUCUAAAUACUUUCAUUAGUCCCUGGCCUUAUCUUAUAGAUAGGAUAGACUUAUGCCUAUCCCACGCAUGCUUAAACUCCUUCACUGUGUUAACCUCUACCACUUCAGCUGGAAGGCUAUUCCAUGCAUCCACUACCCUCUCAGUCAAGUAAUACUUCCUGAUAUUAUUUUUAAACCUUUGUCCCUCUAAUUUAAGACUAUGUCCUCUUGUUGUGGUACUUUUUUCUUCUUUUAAAUAUAGUCUCCUCCUUUACUGUGUUGAUUCCCUUUAUGUAUUUAAAUGUUUCUAUCAUAUCCCCCCCGUCUCGUCUUUCCUCCAAGCUAUACAUCUUAAGCUCCUUUAACCUGUCCAUGUAACCCCACUCUAUGUUUGAACAUGUAGGACUUCCCAUUCUAUCCUCUAGGUGGGACUUUAUAGAGCAGGUCUUCAAAUAAGACCCAACUUCACAUGUUUGCCUGUUUUUCUUAAACAUAUAUCACAUACAUAUACCUACAUUUUUUUUACAGUAAGAACAAUACGGAUAUGGAAUUCUCUGCCUGAAGAGGUGGUUUUGUCAGAGUCCAUACAGAUGUUUAAACUGAAAUUGGAUAAAUAUUUACAAAAACAUAACAUACAGGGAUAUAAUUUCUAAUUAGUGGGGUAAUAGCUGCUUGAUCCAAGGAGACAUCUGACUGCUAUUUUGGGGUCAAGAAGGAUUUUUUUCCUAGUUUGUGGCAAAAUUAGAAGCGCUUCAGACUAGGUUUUUGCCUUCUUUUGGAUCAACAGCAACAACAUUUGUGAGGAAGGCUGAACUUGAUGGACGCAAGUCUCUUUUCAACUAUGUAACUAUGUAACUAUAUACAUCCCAUAAUUGAGCGUUACCUAUAUAUCUACUCCUGUACAGAUUACAAAGAUAUAGUGACUUAUAUCCAUUUUCCUGAAAACCCGGUAUUGCGUACAUUCCCACAUUCUCUAAACAUGCAUUACAUGCUUGUUUACUCACAUUCCUCACAAAGGUAGUACUGUGUGCACAUUUUGCCUCAUUCUUUCCUUAUUACGUGUGUGUGUGUGUGUGUGUGUAUAUAUAUAGAUGGACUCUUGUUUAGUGGGCUGGGUUUUUACUGAUUCUAACCUCUCUUGCUUGGUCAUUAGGUGUAUUCGGUGUAAUACUAUAUUCGUGUCUGAUUUUGGAAUGAAUCAAAGUUUGUGAAGGGUUUAUCUCAUAUUUAAGACUGAAUUUAGUAUGUCUAAUUCAAUUUUGCCUGCCUGCUAAGAGAGGGUUAAUGUUAAGCAUUAUGGCCCACUAGAGUGAUUUAGCUGAAAGUCCUAAUUCACCUUAAUAAUCACGGAUUUUGAAUUGUUUAAUCUAGUGGUGCAAGUUUAAUAUCUUUGCUCUCAAAUUACUCAUCCCUAUAGUUUUGGAAGCACCUUUUGGCUUCAUUUAUAUAUCCAUGCAAAGGUAGUCUUAUAGCUCACCUUUCCAUCAAUGGAUUUAAAUACAUGGGAAUUAAUCAUCCUUUAAAGCUUUCAAUUGUUCUAUUGGUCUACGAGACAGCUCCUAGUUUUAAGUAGUAUUUGACGAUCGUUCAUUUUUAAUCAGUUAACUAAUAACGUUUUUAUGUAACUUUUAUUGGUGAGGGCUUAUAACUUCUUCUUUGCUUAGAGGAAAUACUUUUUUGUCUGGCGUAUUUGAUGCUCCGUUUGGGGUUAGCCCCUUGUUACCCUCACCACACUCCCCUUGGUGUUGAGCACCAAUGUUUGUGCGGCCACAUACCAGGGCCCUGAUGCAGCUUCUGAAAAUAUGCAGACUUCCCAGGAUAUGAAUAGGGAGGCUCUGCGGCAGAUAUGUAUCCAGUACAGAAACAAGGCAAGACUAAAACAGGCACCUAACUAAGACUAGAAGAACCCAGAACCAGAGCAGGACAGAAAGCAUAACCCAGAACAUGUACACAAGACAUGAGGAGAACAGGGCAGGGCAGGACAGGACUGUACAUGAACUGGGAAGGCAAAAUAAAAAACAAACAAGAGGAAACAUACCCAAGUACUAUAUAUGUAAAACAUUGGAGAUUUAGACAUACAUAAAUAGCCAAGAUGUAUGCAGCCCACCACUGUGCCAAAGUACUCCAAUUACGGUGGGUCCUUACUGCCUAGAUAUGCAUGACUAAAUAAACAAUAAAACACACAGUACUUAACUGCAAAGAAAGGAGCAGAGGUAAUGAGACCACUGCUUGCAGGACCAGAUUGAAACAAAGGAUAAAAUGGCAAAGGAACGGUGUGGCAACAAAAAACAAACAUUUUAAAGGAAUCAAGGAGACUGGGAAUUCCAGGAACGAAGUAAAGGAAUGAACCCAGAAAACCCAGCAUAAAGAAAACUAGAAAAACAAAGAAAAACUAAACAAUAAUUGUAAAAAGAGCACUGCAUACCAGAAGCCAAGGCCAGACAUCUCCGCAGAACAGGAUGUGACCGCUAUAUAGUUAGAAGGAACCAUGGUGGGCGGAUGCGUAGCGCAGUGUUCAAAUGAAGAUUGUUACGCUCAAUCAUUACUCACACUAUAUAUAGAACCAAUGUGUGUGGUGAGUGUGUGUGUGUGUGUGUGUGUGUAUAUGUGUGUGUGUAUAUAUAUAUAUAUAUACACACACACACACACAACCUAAAUAUGCUAGAAACCCAUUUUAGUGACUCUAUUUUAUAAAUGAUCUUGAAAUAGGUAUUGGAAGCCAUGUAUCAGUGUUUGCAGAUGACACAAAACUUUGUAAAGUAAUAAAAUGUGAGCAGGAUAUUGCCUUGCUGCAGAGGGAUUUGGAUAGAUUGGGGGACUGGGCACUAAAAUGGCAGAUGAAAUUUAACGUAGAGAAAUGCAAAGUUAUGCACUUCGGGGUUAAGAAUGCACAAGCAAUUUACACCCUAAGUGGUAGUGAACUAGGGAUAACCACACACGAGAAGGAUUUGGGAAUUGUUAUAGACGACAAAUUAGGCAGCAAUAUUCAAUGUCAAUCUGCAGUUGCUAAGGCCAGUAAGGUUUUGUCAUGUAUAAAUAGGGGCAUCAAUUCUCGGGAUGAAAAUAUAAUUUUGCCUCUUUAUAAAUCGCUGGUAAGACCACACCUUGAAUAUGCUGUGCAAUUUUGGGCACCUGUUCUAAAGUAGUAUAUCAUGGCACUAGAAAAAGUGCAGAGACGAGUUACAAAAUUGAUAAAAGGAAUGGAGCAUUUUAGUUACGAAGAAAGGCUAAAAAGGUUAAAUCUCUAGUUUGGAAAAAUGGCGCCUCUGAGGGGACAUAACAUUAUACAGGUAGGCAGACAAUGUAAUAGAGCAGUAGGAAAUGCUAGCAGAAUGCUUGGUUGUAUAGGGAGAGGUAUUAGCAGUAGAAAGAGGGAAGUGCUCAUGCCAUUAUACAGAACACUGGUGAGACCUCACUUGGAGUAUUGUACACAGUACUGGAGACCGUAUCUUCAGAAGGAUAUUGAUACCUUAGAGAGGGUUCAGAGAAGGGCUACUAAACUGGUUCAUGGAUUGCGGGAUAAAACUUACCAGGAAAGGUUAAAGGAUCUUAACAUGUAUAGCUUGGAGGAAAGACGAGACAGGGGGGAUAUGAUAGAAACAUUUAAAUACAUAAAGGGAAUCAACACCGUAAAGGAGGAGACUAUAUUUAAAAGAAGAAAAACUACCACAGCAAGAGGACAUAGUCUUAAAUUAGGGGCAACGGUUUAAAAAUAAUAUGAGGAAGUAUUACUUUACUGAGAGGUUUGUGGAUGCAUGGAAUAGCCUUCCAGCUGAAGUGGUAGAGGGUAACACAGUAAAGGAGUUUAAGCAUGCGUGAGAUAGGCAUAAGGCUAUCCUAACUAUAAGAUAAGGCUAGCGACUAAUGAAAGUAUUUAGAAAAUUGGGCAGACUAGAUGGGCCGACUGGUUAUCUGCCAUCACAUGCUAUGUUUCUAUACAAUUAUAUUCGGGGCCAGUACAAACCAUUAUCUGGAAAUCGAUUCAUUAACCGAACUUGACGUAGGACACAAGGUCACACAUUUAGGCUGGAAGAAAGGAGAUUUCAUCUAAGGCAAAGAAAAGUGUUUUUUACAGAAAGAGCAAUAAGGAUAUUAAAUUCUCUGCCUGAGAGGUGGUUUUAUUAGAGUUUGUUUAAACAGCAAUUGGAUAAAUACAAAAAUAUAACAUACAGGGAUAUAAUUUCUAAUUAGUGGGAUAAUAGCUGCUUGAUCCAAGGAGACAUCUGACUGCAAUUUUUUUUUUUUGGAUCAAGAAGGAAUUUUUUCCUAGUUUGUUGCAAAAUUGGAAGCGCUUCAAACUGGGUUUUUUGCCUUCUUUUGGAUCAACCGCAAAAAUAUAUGUGAGGACAGCUGACCUUGAUGGACGCAAGUCUCUUUUCAGCUAUGUAGCUGUUUCAUUGUUGUGCUUAAGUUAUUUAACCCCUUAAGGACCAAACUUCUGGAAUAAAAAGGAAUCAUGACAUGUCACACAUGUCAUGUGUCCUUAAAGGGUUAAAGGAACACUGCAAGCACCAUAACCAAUACUACCUGCUGUAGUUAAAGGACCACUCUAGGCACCCAGACCACUUCAGCUUAAUGAAGUGGUCUGGGUGCCAGGUCCUUCUAGGGUUAACCCAUUUUUUUAUAAACAUAGCAGUUUCAGAGAAACUGCUAUGUUUAUUAAUGGGUUAAGCCUUCCCCCUAAUCCUCUAGUGGCUGUCUCAUUGAUAGCCACUAGAGGCGCUUGCGUGCUUCUCACUGUGAUUUUCACAGUGAGAGCACGCCAGCGUCCAUAGGAAAGCAUUGUAAAUGCUUUCCUAUGAGACCGGCUGAAUGCGCGCGCAGCUCUUGCCGCGCGUGCGCAUUCAGCCGGCGGGGCGUAACGGAGGCGGAGAGGAGGAGGAGAGCUCUCCGCCCAGCGCUGGAAAAAGGUAAGUUUUUACCCCUUUCCCCUUCCAGAGCCGGGCGGGAGGGGGACCCUGAGGGUGGGGGCACCCUCAGGGCACUAUAGUGCCAGGAAAACGAGUAUGUUUUCCUGGCACUAUAGUGGUCCUUUAAAGCGGCACUGUCAUGCCAAACUUAACUUACCCAAUUGCUUCAUUUUCUCUUCCUCUCUCAGGAUCUGUUCUUCUUUUCUACCUAUCUUAUCUAAUUUUCCUUAAAACAUAAGACAAAGUAGGGACUUAAUUGUCUUAUGUAUUUUUCCUACCAUUGACCAGCUUUGACCCACUUCCUGUUGGUCCAAUACAUUUUCCCACAAUACUCCCUAUUUUCUUGGUGAUCUUGCAAUGCCUCCUUUCACUAUUCCCGAAUGUCCUGUCAUUUAGACAGGACGCCGGCGAAACUACCAAAUUCCAUCCUAACCGAAUGAGUAUUUUCUGUUCAAAACAGCAUUUCGCUUGAAUGAAUGAUAUGCCGAUCCUAUUCGUGCCAGGGCUGCAUCUUGCAGCUGCUUAGUAAAUAGCUCCCCAAUUUCCACAGUAUUAGGGAGCUGUCUACCAAAAGGCUGAAAGACCAAUUUUGGUCUUUCAGUCACGUUUACUAAUACUAAGUAAAAAAUUACUUUGUAUUCGUUAAUAAGGGAAUUUUAAAUCUCCCUUCUGCCCCUACUCUCUAUACCGUGAGCAUGUCUGCUAAACAAGAACAUUCAGGACCACUUUGUAGACUGUGAAUGUUGAUGUGUGCCUAGUUUGCCCUCAUAAAUCCACAGUAAAUCUUCAAACAUGACUUAAAGUGAUACUAUAGUGCUAGGAAUACAAACCUGUAUUCCUAGCACUAUACUGCCAUCUGCCCCCUUACUCCCUCCCCCACCUUAGCCCUGCACGGUAAUCAUUGCAGUUCCUCUAAAAUUGUGCCUGGGACAUUGCACCCAGACCACUACAAUGAACUGAAGUGGUCUGGGUGUCCUUUUACAUUCCAUUGUUAUUUAAAAUCUGGGUAGAGGACAAGGUAAAUUAAAUUAAUAGUUACACCGGCUGUUUUUCAGCCCUUCAACAAAUAAAGGGGAAAUGUCUUAAUAAAUGAAUGCCGCUUUCCUUUAAAAUUACCUGUUAUGUACCUGCAUCCCUCUGUUUGUAGCUAGGUUCAAACAAAUAGUUAGAAUAAAUGACAUUUGAUAACUGAAUUACUGUAGUUACUUUGAGACAAGGAGACUGUCUGGGAGUAGUUGACAGUGCCGUUUAUCAUCAUAUAACUUAGAAUAAUUGGGAUAGUGGCAGAAAACAAAGGACAAAAUACCAAAUCGAUUCAAAUAUCUAUUAGAAAUUCCAACCAUAAUAUGUCAUUACAGUCAUUCUGGCCAUAAUAUGUUAAAUGUCCUUUAGCCAUUGUAAUCUGUAGAACAAUUUUUUAUUUUAUUUUUUUAAUAGACUAUUUAUCUUUUCAUCAUUUGUUUAAAAAUGGAUACAGUGAUUUCUUUUUGACUAUAAUUCUGUUUUUAAGGUAUUUCGAUCCAGCUGCUGGAAAAUUCAGCAAGUCUGCCACCUCCCCAGAUGGGAAGAAGCUGCCACGAACAUUCAGCCAGCUCAUCUUGGAUCCCAUUUUCAAAGUAAUGAAGUUUGUUUAAUUAACAUAAUAUAUAACAAACACCUUCAGAAAAUUCUAGACGAGGAGUGUAGAAAGGGUUACAGAGGUAAUUAAGGGCAUAACCCUAGGAAAUAUACAAUAUGAGAAAAAAUAGAGAGGAGCAUAACCCUAGGAAAUAUACAAUAUGAGAAAAAAUAGAGAGGAGCAUAACCCUAGGAAAUAUACAAUAUGAGAAAAAAUAGAGAGGAGAGGAGGCUCCUCAAACAAGGAGUCAGUCUCCACAUUAGUAGUACCUCUUAUGUAAAAAUCAAUCUCAGGACUUGAACAGACACACACACAGACCACGACACAGAGAGACCAUGACAGUGCAGCCAUCCAUUUUUUAAUAUAUAUAGUGUGUGUCUCCUUUUAAUUUUAGUCCUGACUCUUGUACCCAGCUCUGUAGUGCUAAGAAAUCAUAAUUUUCCUUGUAUUUAAAGUGUACCUGUUGUGGAACAUAUUUUAUGUAAAAUAAAUUCAAUAUAACACAAAAAGUCAGCUAUUUUCUUUGAAAUGGUUGGCAGGAGCUUCAAUAGAGUCACUAGCAACUUCCAUUCACUUGUGCAAGCUAUUCUCAUUAAUGGUUAUUCAGCAUUUCUUACAACUCUUUUGCAUUCAAGUACAUGAGAAGUAUUCACUGUGGUUUACGGGAAACGUACAGCCAUAGGUUGUUUGUUUUUCUUCCCUCUGUGUGCUCGCCAUUUCUGUUUUUAAAAACAAUAAGAGGUUGGAGUAAUGACACGAGAGGCUUUUGCAUUUCACUGAAAAACCAUGCAUCAGAGAAAAAAAUCAGAAUGUGAAAAUCAAAACGAAUUAUUCUAGUUUGUUUAGUUUAGGACUGAUUCUAUUCCAAUCGAAAUUACUCACAUUACACAAAGAGUUAAUACAAGGGCCGUGUGAUCUGUAACAGAGAUGUCAAACUCAUGUGUUGUGUGCACGAAAUUUCCAUCCCAGAAAUCGGCCAGCAUUGAACAUGACUUCUACCAGUCAUUCACUGUGUUAUAAACUAUCUAUCUAUUUUAUAUAACUUUUCUAAACUUUUCACAAUUUGAUUAUACAUUUCAAAUACAAAUUCUGAGUAUUGAAUCGAACUGCUCUUGCUUCAUAGUUUUCAUGGCUGCUGUCUUGUUUAAAUAAUCAUUAAAACAUAUUAAACGCACCUGUAUAACAUUGGGAUAUUGCACUGUUUUUCCCUCUAGAUAUUUGAUGCCAUUAUGAACUUUAAAAAAGACGAAACUGCCAAACUGAUAGAAAAACUGGAUAUCAAGCUUGAUGCAGAGGACAAGGAAAAGGAAGGCAAACAGCUUCUUAAGGUAAGUGUGGAGCCUGAUGUGGAGCACAGCAAAUGGACUGGAAUCAGACGAGGUGUCAUCGAUUGGGAGCAAUCGGCAUUUUCCAGAGCUGAAAAAAACAUUAAACAUCCACAAGCUACUAGCAGUCAUUUACAGAUAGACAUCCUUGUGUCUCUUCAGCUGUUAAUGGAGUAAACCUCCAAUGGACCCUUGAUGUUACCAGCGUAAAUAAAAACGGUAAUGUGAUCACCUUUAUAUACAGUUAAAGUGUGACACAUUAUCCAGAUAGGUCAUUUGGAGAAAAAUCGAGUUUGUAGAGGGGAAAGUUGUGUUUGCUUGCUACUGCUUUUGUUUUUGUUUUUUGUUGCAUAUUUUAGUUUCUCAAGCCUGUUUUUAAUUAACUUUAAAAUGACCCUCAUCUCAGCACAGGUAUGUUGGCUAAUGUCCGAUAUAUCUGCCUUGUAGUCCAAGAAGGGCGAAUUCCACCUGCAUGUGAUAGGAAAAUGACUACAAGGUUAAUAAUCCUUUUUACUGCUAUGUGUCACAAGUGCCCAGUUGUUUGCUCCAAUUAUCUUUGCUAUUAGUACCUUCUACGAGCACGUAGGACAUUUCCAUCUCUUGAACACAGAAGGGUGGCAAGGGAACACAGUGACGUAUAUAAAGGCAUAAGUGACGUACACAUGCUUCAUCCCUGCCAGUCUGCGCUGUGAUUAGUUUGUUAAAGCUAAUGCCAUAAAGUCAAAGUAUUGUUUUUAACCCUUUCCUAUACUGUUAUUUUUAUGCUAUAUUUUGUGCUAGUUGAAAGAAGACCAGUCUGUUAACUAAAGGCACUGCUUGUGUAUAAGCUCCCUUAUUUACUUAUUUCCCCUCUCGGUUUAUUCCCCCAACACACAUUUGUUUGCUGUAAUAGCUGAUCAGAGAAUAUGUUUGGGUGAUUGAAAGUAAACUGCCAAACAGAAAACAUGGACAUUUUCUCUAAAGGAUUGAACAGGCUUAAGAAAAAUUAGCUAGACCUGUAUUUCCCAUGCUUGUCCUUAUGUUCACUUUAUACAUCAGCUUUUAUAACGGGCAUGUCUUUUUAAUGUAUUAUUGAUGUAAAUAUUGCCGAGAUUGUUUGUUUUAGCAAAAUAGAAUUUUAUUUAUUCAUUACAUUUCCUGUCUUCAUCUUGCUGCAAGGUUUAUAUCAAAAGCCGCACGUGGGCCAAAGUUCAGUUUGUUUAACUGAAAUCUCAUAUUUCCUAGGUAACGCAUGACCUAAUAACGAAUAGUUUAGUCUGUGAUGAUAGUUCCUUACUAUGAUUGUUUACAUAUUGGUACUGCCGUAGCACCCAGAUUCUGUAAGAGAGAAACAUCUGAUAAGGAUUUCCACUGACCCAAUCUCUUCGCUUUACCACAGGUGAAUUAGCUUCAUUGACUGAGCCUGUGAUUAUCCUACUUCACAGUAACAGGAAUAGCCUAAGAACCUAGCAAGCCAUUUGAGGACAGGAGUAGAAGAAAUGCACUGCUUUCUUGUUUGGGUUUUAAGUGAACCAUUGGACACUUUCCCCCUUUACAGCAUUAUGUAGAUUAUUUUUAAAUUGUAGCCUGAAGGUAGAGCCCAGCAAAAGUGAAUUUUAUUUUAUUCAUUCGUUAAUUAUUUUGGGGAAGACUGGUGAAAUAGAAACUUUUUGUCUCUCACCACCCUAUCUGACUGCAGAGGCCCAUAAUUUGGCAUAUUGAAUUGAAUUUUCAUAUAAAGCCUUCUAAUGUGGGGAAAAGCACCAGCCAAAUUAAAAGUACCCACUGUAUAAUACAAUCUAUAUACAGAAGAAUUGCAGUUUAGUAAUCUACACAAUACUGUAAUGAAGGAUUCUGGUCAUGAUAGGCCCACGAUAUUGCUAGUAUUCAAUGUGUCAGUCUGCCAUCUUGCUUUCAUUGUUGCUUUUCCCAUUGCCAGUUAUAAUUGUGUCCUCUGUUGCUUUGCCAUUGCUGUUUUUAAUGUGUAUGUUGUUUUGUUUCUCUCCCCUCAUUUUUAGAAGUGAACCGAUAAAAAGUCUGUUAGUGACAGGCAGAGAGCCCCUUUCACUAACAGGCUAUUACAUUUCUGACCAAGGGACAUGGUUUGCCAGCAUGUAAACACACUCGACGUAAGCAGACACCCCAUCCCACUGCCUUCUAUCCAGGAGCCCAAACUUUCAGGUGUGACCUUAUUCAAUAAGUGGGGUGCAAGGGGUUUGAGGGACAUAAUCUUCUGCAGUUACACAUGGUGUAAAUACAAAAUGGGAAAAUAUUAUAUGGUAAAUUCUGUAAAAUGUACUACUUCAAAAAGUGAACCGGUCCCCCCCAAAUUAUCCCAAAUAUCCAGAUUUACUGGAUGUUCAUUAAAGGGGCACUGUAAGCAACAUACCCACUAUAGCCCAGUGUAGUGGCUAUGCUUUCACGUUAUGGGCUCCGUCCCCCAUUUUAAAAAAAACAUUCAGAAUCCAUCUGGAGAAAACAAAAUGGGGUAGUACCUUGAGCUUUAGUUAUGUUAAUUUGUAUCCGUUCAGCGGGUACUCUAAUCAACAGGGACCUAGUUUCGUUAAGCCUUGGAAGUCCUUCUUACAUAAAGAAAAGUCCUUGUUAAUGGAGUAGGUUGAGGUAACUGCAUUUGUUUGACAUCCUCCUGCAUUCGAGGAUAAAAAGACAGCCAAGACCACUAGAGUGCACGUGCCUACAUCACACCCUUAUUUACACCCUGAUCUGCGCAUGGAGAUAUGUAACCAGUCUAACCAUUGCAUCGAGUACAUUGUAUCCUCAUCGAACAUCCAGAUAUUCUGUACGAUGUGACCAAGCAUUGCUAGUUGCUCAAAUGAAUGUGUGAACAGAGCUCUGAGCCAGGCGGGUAAUGCAGUUACAGCGCUGUGUUCCUCCUAUCACAGCAAGGCUCCUGGCAGAGUAGACGCUGAUUUGCUCAGCAUAAUGUCUUACAAAAUAAAGUAUGCAGAGAGACAUUACCUAGUGCAUGUCGGCAAUGGAUUAUCACCUUCAAUUACCAAAUUAUUAAGAACGAACUCAAAUGCCCUUUUGUAAUUUCCAGGAGCCUUUAUUGUUGCCAUCACAAAUUUGACUUUGUGGUGGGAUAAAUUUGAAAUAAAACAAAUAAAUUGUUUUGACUUUUGAGGAAGUGAAGCUCCUCAAAUAGUGUCAGAAGCUAGGAGUGAAGAUACGGCACUGAACUUUUAAUGGUUAAAGUAUAGCACCAGGGCCCUUGCACUGUAGUAGGCUGAAGUGGUUAUGGUAUUCAGUGCCCCUUUCAAAACUACCUCAGAAACAUGCUUAUUGAUAUAUAUGGAAUAGGCAGGUUAAAGAUUUGUGCAAAGAAUUCAUACAUACGCAGUUGUACAUGUUGACUUAUAACAUGGUGUAUGGUCCAGUUAUCGGCGUGGGUGUAAUUGUUUGUUUUGUGCAGGCUGUAAUGCGUCGGUGGUUGCCAGCAGGAGAUGCCUUGCUUCAGAUGAUCACAAUUCACCUGCCUUCUCCGGUGACGGCACAGAAAUAUCGCUGUGAACUGCUGUAUGAAGGGCCACCUGAUGACGAAGCAGCUAUGGGUAAGGUCAAAACACUUGAGUUAUAGGGAGUAUUUACGGAGUAAAGGCGGAUAAUUACAAUAUGAAACAGAAAAAUUAAAGUAAUGUGUACUAGUGGUUAGUACAAGGAAUAUUAUACAAAUGUGAAUAUCAGAUUUUUAAAUAAUUCAGCUGCUAUCACACUGUGAUGUUAUCUUUCCAUACACACCCCAACAAAAAAACAAAUAAAAACAGUGUGGCGCUUAUUACCAAUAGAAAGGUUUUAAGUCGAAACAACAGAGUACCUUGAGACAUCUGUCUUAACCUCAACGGGAGAGUCUUUAAAGAAGACCUUGGUACCUUUUUAAAUGAACAAAAAUAGAUACAAUAGUGUAUAACUUUGUGGAAGAGUAGCGUAAUGAUAAAUGAGACAAUUGAACACUCACACUUUCAUGAGCUAAAACACUUAGCUCUAGUGGAGACAGCUUGGGUGUCCAUGGAGGUGACCCUUCCAUUCUUUAUACUGGAAACUUUUUUAAUAAGUCCUAAAUAUUGGCUCAGAAGAAAUUUGUACAUAUGGUAAUAGAGUAAUGUACUGCAAAUUCAGAACAGGUACUUCACAAAUGGAUACUCACAAAGAUGCAGCCAACUCCAGGCUCUAUGAACAGCUCAGUGUGUGGUUAAAGGACCACACUCCCUUCUUUCUCAAUAGCAGGAACAAGAUGCCAAGUAAUGUUAAAAAGAUGUAAUUUAAUAAAUGUAACAACAAUUACUUAAAAAGUUAGAAUUAAAUAGACACUUGCUAUUGCCAGGACGCAUUUCGCCACUUACAAUUUGGGCUUCAUCAGCUGGGCUCUCGCCACAUAUUACCCAGCUGAUGAAGCCCGAAUUGUAAGUGGCAAUAAUCCAUAUAUAAGUAUACGUUGGGGGAAAAAAGCAAGACCAAUGUAUUUUAAUUUUUGUUGAAUUAAAAAGUUUCGAACCAUGCAGAUAGGUGCAGCAAAGUUCCUAAUACUCCCCUGGACGAUGCGCAGUGGCUUGUAGCUCCCUCUCGUUGCAGGGAUAGGACACAGAAUGAUCUUUACAGGUGCAAAGGCAACUUCAUUCUUGAAUUAAGUAGAACUUCACCAAACUGUGUUCUUCCCUUUCGUCUCCCUUUCUCCUGCAAACUCCAAAUGGGGAGCUCUGAAAAUGUGUUGAUUUUCUGAAUUUUGUGAAUGUGUGUAGUCUUGGGUGUUGUAUAACAUUGGAUAUGAGUGCUACAGGUAGAUUCAUUUAGUGUUCCAAAGUGCCCUACAUGCCAUGUUCAUCUCUCUCUGCUGAUGGGUUUCUCAGGUUUACAGUGUGUCUCAUCUGUGUGUAAUAUAGAUAGCACUAUAAAAGUAUUGUCGCAAUUCUUCCCUUAGCCACUGGGUGUCUAUCCUGGAUAGAAUUGUAGUUAUUCUUCUGAUUCCUAUGUAAGUUAGUUAUGUUCUAGCCAGUGGGCAUUUAAAGGUGACAUAAUUAGCUCUUCACAUAUAAUACCUAUGGUGUCAUGUGACUUUAUUAGUGAAUGUUGCACUAUAAUGUGAUUACACUUUUUACACAGGUGUGAAAAGCUGUGACCCUAAGGGACCUCUGAUGAUGUACAUCUCAAAGAUGGUCCCCACCACUGACAAAGGACGUUUCUAUGCUUUUGGUCGGGUGUUCUCUGGUGUUGUGUCAACAGGACAGAAAGUACGCAUCAUGGGUCCAAACUAUACACCUGGAAAGAAGGAAGAUCUGUAUCUCAAACCCAUUCAGAGGUAAGGCCAUCUCAGUGCAUACUGAAAGUGUAUGAAACAUAGAAUGUGACGGCAGAUAAGAACUGUUUGGACCAUCUAGUCUGCCCAAUUUUCAUAUCUCACCAUUUGAUUCCUGAUGCCUCUUGCACUAUUAUUUAGUGCCUUAAGUACCAAAGUAGCCGAGAGAUUUUGCCUUGUGUAUAACUGUUUAUAACUGUAAUCCAUCUAAUUCAUUUAGUGCACUCCAUGUAUAUACUGAUUAAUGUGUAGUAUUACUUGUACCAUUUUGAUCAAUCCCAGAAAGAUGAAAAGCUUAGUUAACCUGUUGAGUUUGUUUCUUUAUUAACAGAACCAUUCUUAUGAUGGGGCGCUACGUUGAACCCAUCGAGGAUGUACCUUGUGGUAACAUUGUUGGUCUUGUUGGCGUAGACCAGUUUCUGGUGAAGACUGGCACCAUUACCACCUUUGAACAUGCCCAUAAUAUGAGGGUGAUGAAAUUCAGUGUCAGCCCUGUUGUGCGUGUGGCAGUAGAAGCAAAAAACCCAGCCGACCUUCCAAAACUGGUGGAAGGCUUAAAGCGCUUGGCCAAGUCUGACCCCAUGGUUCAGGUGGGUAACUGACUCAGGAUAAAAUAAAAGUUUAAUCUGGUAAAUAAGAUUAAAUAGAACAACUUCCAGCUUGUGCUGUACUGAAUGUGUCCUAAACAUAUUGGUAAAAUAGUCUAUUUUAUUUAUCAUACACCCUACAUGUAUGUAAUGUUCUCUUUUUUUAUAUUUAGUGUAUAAUUGAAGAAUCUGGGGAACACAUCAUUGCAGGUGCUGGAGAGUUGCAUCUUGAAAUCUGCCUUAAAGAUCUAGAAGAAGAUCAUGCAUGUAUUCCAAUCAAGGUAUGGAUAUCAGAAACCACAGUGCAUUUCUGGAGACCGCACAUCGAUAUUUCAUAUCCAUGAAAAUAACCCUAUGGUUUAGCUUAGAAUUAUAUCUUCGUUUUCCUCCGAUAUUUUAAUAUGUUUUUACUGUGUAAAUGUUAAAGGUAGAAUAGGUCCCAUUAUAAUAAUUCGUGUAGGAAUCUUAUGUAUUUAAAUGUUGUCCUUAAAAUUAAUUUGUCAACAUAUUUUCAUUUAUCAGUUAAGCAAUAAUAGAUAUCGUCUACAUGUUUAAAAUUAAACCUGUGUUUCCAGAAAUCAGAUCCUGUAGUAUCUUAUCGUGAGACAGUGAGCGAGGAGUCCAACCAGCUGUGCUUAUCCAAAUCUCCUAACAAGCACAAUCGCUUGUACAUGAAAGCCAGGCCUUUCCCAGAUGGACUGGCAGAAGACAUUGACAAAGGGGACGUGAGCUCCCGUCAGGAAUUAAAGAUACGUGCCCGAUACCUGGCAGAGAAGUAUGAGUGGGACGUUGCCGAGGCUCGUAAGAUCUGGUGCUUCGGACCUGAUGGAACAGGACCCAAUAUCUUGGUUGAUGUCACUAAAGGUGUCCAAUAUCUCAAUGAGAUUAAGGACAGUGUUGUGGCAGGAUUCCAGUGGGCCACCAAAGAGGUGAGAAUAGGUUGCACUUCGUAGAUUUGUCCUUCCUAGCACUAAUGAGCAAUGGACACAGAAAUAGCCAUUACAACUUUAUAUGAAUAUAUGACAUUUAUAAAAUAGGAAUGUGUAAUGCUUUGACACUUUGAAUAAGGAGCAAGUGUUGAUACUGUAGAAUUUACAAUUAAACCAUUUAAAAAUAAAUGUAAUGUUCUGAUUAAUCUAUGUUACCAUUUCUUAAUGCUAUGGUACUCAUUUUUGUGGAUCUUGAAUGCAUAAGGAGAUCUGUGGAAUUUGAGUACUUGUUCAUUUGGAGCAUUGACUAUAUAGGAUGUAGAACAUUAAGCUUUGAACAAGUAUUUCAUUUUAAAUAUUUACUGCAUCAAAUUAGCAACAAUUUAGUGUUACAUUUAUUCUUUGCUGGAACACGGUCAUAAAAAAGGAUGGGCAAUGAGAUGGUAGACUAGUGUUAAAGAAUGUACUCCUGUUCUCUGUAUUGCUGGAAAGCUUGGAAACAUUGCUGAUUUAGAAUUGAUUAGUUAUGUGAGAUACAAAUGUGAUUUCAGGGUGUUCUGUGUGAAGAGAAUCUGAGAGGAGCACGAUUCGACAUCCAUGAUGUUACCCUGCAUGCUGAUGCCAUUCAUCGUGGAGGAGGACAAAUAAUCCCUACAGCCCGGAGAGUCCUGUAUGCCGCAGCUCUCACAGCCCAGCCCCGACUGAUGGAACCCAUCUAUCUGGUGGAAAUUCAGGUGAGGUAUUCUCAGUCAAUAGUGAACAUGUAUAGCUUGGAGGAAAGACGAGACAGGGGGAUAUGAUAGAAAUUUUUAAAUACAUAAAGGCUAUCAUCACAGUAAAGAAGGAGACUAUAUUUAAAAGAAGAAAAACUACCACAACAAGAGGACAGGUUUAAAAUUAAUAUCAGGAAGUAUUACUUUACUGAGAGGGUAGUGGAUGCAUGGAAUAGCCUUCCAGCUGAAGUGGUAGAGGUUAACACAGUGAAGGAGUUUAAGCAUGCGUGGGAUAGGCAUAAGGCUAUCCUAGCUAUAAGAUAAGGCCAGGGACUAAUGAAAGUAUUUAGAAAAUUGGGCAGACUAGAUGGGCCGAAUGGUUCUUAUCUGCCGUCACAUUCUAUGUUUCUAUGAAGAACCAUGUAGUUUUCUGGAUUCAAAGGUGUCUGUGCUCUGUUUUCAGACCUUGCCUCUUGUUUCAAAGUGUUUCCAAGUGUUUAGUUUUUUUAUAAAGCAAAUAUAUUGGUUGGGUUUUACUACAGGAAAAUGCCAACACAGAAUCGUGAGUAGAGGCAGGAUGGGCUUUGUUUUAAAAUUAGAGGAAUUGGAGUACUGUGCAAGGACAAUAGUAACGGGGCUUUUGGGCAUAAAGAGAUAUCCUGGAUGAUGUGACAGAUCGCCUGCCACCCCGACUGGGUGCCUCCGUCAAUCGAUGAUCCUAAUGCUCACAGAGGGCUCCAAGCACUCCACCAGACACCAUCAGCAUUGCACAGUCCCACAACCGCCACAGCUUGGUUGGGGAUCUCGCCGUCCUCCACCCAUCCUGGACCAAAGACCAGGAUCCAGCUUCCAGUGAACCUCUCCUCCAAGAGAUUAUAGCUGUGAAGCUCUUAUUAGAGCUAGCUUGUAUAGCAGGUCCCUACAAACACAAGGCGAGGCUCCAUGUUGAGGGUAAAGCAGAACUGGUUUAAUGGUAGCCACACUGGCCUUUUAUGCAAGUCCCCAAGCAAGGUGUACGUCCACAUGGACCUUGUUGGGGACAGGGACAUAAACUUAUACACCAAUGAUAACACAUUUACAAUGUAUGACACUCCCACAUACUAUACAAUAAGCCUUCCCAUUUACUUAAGAGAUAAUUGAGUCAGGCACUGUACUAAACUCAAUUAUCUCCAAACACAAAAAACACACAGUUUUACAAAACCCCAAAAAUACCUUAAAACAAAUAAAAUCCCCAUAAAAGUUAAAUUUCCACUGAAAUUGAAAAUAAUAUGACAUGGGAAAAAUACUUAAAGGGACACUACAUUCACCAGAACAACUACAGCUUAUUGUAUUUGUUUUGGUGAGUAUAAGGAUUCUCUUCAGUCUUUUUGCUGUAAACACUGUCGUUUUAGAAAAAAUGCAGUGUUUACAUUACAGCCUAAAGAGAUCUCCACUUGCCACUCUUCAGAUGGCUAUUUGAGGUGCUUCCUGGGGCAGUGAUGCACAGUGUGCAGUACUGCCAUUCAGUGUCUCAACUCUCUGCAUGGAGACAUUAAACUUAAAGGGACACUAUAGUUACCAGAACAACUACAGCUUAAUGUAGUUGUUCUCGUGAGUAUAAUAGUUCCCUUCAGGCUUUUUUCAUGUAAACACUGCCUUUUCAGAGAAAUGGUAGUGUUUACAUUGCCUCUAGGGACAACUCCAAGUGGCCACUCCAUAGAUGGCCACUGGAGGUGCUUCAUGGGUCAGUGCUGCCGAAUUAGCAGCACUAAGGUUCAGCAUGGACACGCUCUGCAUGAUUCAAUGCAUCUCUAUGAGGAAGUGCUGAUUGGCCAAAACGUUGUUUGGCCCUGCCCCGUGACGAUUUUAGCCAAUCCAAUGCUUUCCUCAUAGGAAAGCAUUGGAUUGGCUAAAAAUCGUCAGUUUUUGUGAUGUUACAAAGGGGGCGUCACCCCAGACCUGCGCGGCUCUGGAAAUAUGGUACGUUUUAAUCUUUUAGAGGGGGCAAGCCACCUAAAUGGUGGGUUAAACACUAUAGGGUCAGGAAUACAUGUUUGUUUUCCUGACCUCACAGUGGUCUCUUAACUCAUAGACAUGUAUUGAUUCAAUGUAUAUCUAUGAGCAGCUGCUGAUUGGCCAUGGCAGUGUUUGGCUUGUGCUGACUUUGCCCUUGAUCUGCCUCCUUGAUAGUCUCAGCCAAUCCAAUACGUUCCUCUGAGAAAGCAUUUUUGUUGGGUCAGAACACAACUUCUGAUAAUGUCAGCCAAGCAGGCAGAUCAGGGGCAGAGCCAGCAGCAGUAGAUCAGAGUAAAGGUAAGAUUUUAUUAUUCAGGUGGGGUUAGAUGAUGUUUUUAACACUAUUGGGUGAGGAAUGCAUGUUUGUGUUCCUGACCCUAUAGUGUUCCUUUAAAUUUUUUUUAUUUUUUUUAUGUAAAAAGAUGCAAUACCUGUUAUGAUGUUCUAAUUACAUCCGGAUGAGAAAGAACGUGGCUUCAUAUGUUUUAUAUAUAAUUCCUUUUGGUAACUCCUUUCUAAAACGUAUUUUUCACACAAUGACAUGAAUGAAAUAAUAGAUCAGUGCCAGACAAUACAAUAAAAUUGUGUAAAAACAAAUCUACCAGUAUGUAGUAUAGGAAAUAGUGCUGUCAUUGUUGAUGUAAAUGUUUGGCUCUUUCUCUGAAUACUUUAUCUAGUGCCCAGAACAGGUAGUUGGUGGGAUCUAUGGCGUAUUGAACAGGAAACGCGGUCAUGUGUUUGAAGAAUCUCAAGUUGCUGGAACACCAAUGUUUGUUGUGAAAGCGUAUCUUCCUGUAAAUGAAUCAUUCGGUAUGUAUGACCAUCUUUUUGUUUAACUUUUACUGGCGAUUUAUGCUACUACAGUUUACAUUUUCUGUGCCAACAUUUUAUAUAAUUUUCCUUUAUUUGGCAAUGUUAUCCACAAUUAACUUAUCAGUGGUUUCUUUUAGACCACCAUACCCCACAGUGAGUUUACAGUGGGAUUUAUUCGCUAAACAGUAGAGGUUUGGAUGCCUGAGGGGACAAAAUUUAAAUGGCAUGGUCCGCAUUAGGUAUACAAAUUUAACCUAGCAAUCUAUCUAGUAAAUAUUUACUUGUAAAGGUGCACAUACCUGAUCUCUGAUUCUGAUUUCUCAAUAAUGUCCAUCGAUAUAUUAGUAUUAAGGCUGAAGCUUGCACAGCCUCCGACAUACAAAUAAUUAUACAAUUUUGGCAAAUGCAAAUUUACGUAAAAUCAAUGUUAAUUUUGGCGGCAAAUUUAGUUUUAGUCAUAGUCUUUUAACUAAAGAGCUGUAUUAGUUGUAUUUUAGUCAUCUGAAUUGUUUUAGUCUACUAAAUCUCCAGUAGAUUUUAGUCGACACGGUUAAAAUCUGAUGGGUUUAGUUAAAGUCUCUGUCUCUUUUGCCCUUUUCCCAGUCCCUCUGUGUCUUUGUGUCCUCCAGCCCCUCUGGAUGCAUCUCUCCCAAGCCCGUCUGUCUCUUUUGUCCCUUUCCCAGCCCCUCUGUGACUCCCUCACACGCCAAUGUUAAUUUUAGAGUCAAAUUUCAAUUUAGUUUUAGUCAUCGUCUUUUGACUUAAAACCCAUUUUAGUCCUCUAAAUUGUUUUAGUUUUAGUCAACUAAAUCUCAAAAAUUUUACUUGACUAAAAUUGUUAGUCCGCAAUAUUGACACUGUAUAGUACAGUUUUUUUAAUUGAAGCUUAAUGUUUGCAAAUCAGACAAAAGAAAAGUGAAAUGCGUACUAUGCUUUGAUUGUAAUGUUGAUUUAUUUAUUUUGAUUUGAUUUAUGUGUUUUUUUUUAAUUGACUUUUGUGACAAUUUUGCCAUCCUUGUUUGUACCAGGUUUUACAGCCGAUUUAAGGUCCAACACUGGUGGACAAGCGUUCCCACAGUGUGUUUUUGAUCACUGGCAGAUUCUGCCUGGAGAUCCCUCCGAUGUAACUUCUCGACCAUGUCAAGUUGUUGCAGAAACUCGCAAACGCAAAGGUCUAAAGGAAGGAAUUCCUCUCCUGGACAACUUUCUGGAUAAGUUGUAACCUCAUCUUUAACACUAUGGUCAUAGUUUGCAAACUCAUCUUUUACCACAACACAAGAUGUCUCAUAAAACUGUCAAAUGUCAUCACAAAACGUUGAGGGCACCACAAAACUCUCUUCAGAAGAAAACACACAUGGGAUUGUUUACCCACAAAAAAAUGAAACAUUAAAAAAAAUAAAAACUUCCCAAAAAUGCUAAUAAAACAUAUACUUGUUAAAAUGUGAC